CGAACAUUCUACACUAUCACGGUAUCACCCAACUUUUUUUUAACACUAAGAUAUUUUUCUCAGUCAUUUUCUAGAUUCUAUUCAAUCAUUCCUCAAUCCUCUCCUUAUAUAUAUCUCAACCACAAUCUCCAAUCAUCUCAAAUCUACUAAUGCACAUUUUGCAAUAAUAAUAAUCACCCAGUAACAAAAGUUUAAUCCUCUGUUAAUUAAAGCUCUGUAUUAGAAAGUAACUGAACUUUGUGAUUGUUAAUCAAGAACAACAAUGGAGGCAGGGGUUGUAUCGGAAUCGUACUACUGCGUGCUUGGUUUGAGCAGCGCGUCGUCUACGGAGGAUAUUCGUCGCGCCUACCGCAAGCUAGCUAUGCAAUGGCAUCCUGAUAAAUGGGCAAAUGAUCCCGCUAUGCUCGGAGAGGCUAAGCAAAAAUUUCAGAAAAUCCAAGAAGCGUACUCAGUGUUGUCAGAUCCCGGGAAGAGGACAUUGUAUGAUGCAGGCGUGUAUGAUCCUGUUGAACAAGUAGAUGAGGGGUUAUCUGACUUUAUGCAAGAAUUGUUUUCGCUAAUGUCACAAGUCAGGGAAGAGGUAAGCGCCCAAACAUUAAAGAUGGUCUCACUAAUUUCCCCUGAAGUAGUGCAAGAUUUGGUCGCAUUGAUGCUAAACUUGUCUACAAGUACAUCCGAUGUGCAACCAAAUUCUUAGACAAAUGCAGUAACAUGGAAGACCUCCAGAGUAUGUUUGCAGAUAUGGUUCAAGGGUUUCAAUCGCCUCAAUGGUUCAGCAACCAAGGCUGCUCGGGCAUAUCAAAGCAAGAAGCUCAGUCAAUUUGGCAAGGUUCCACAACAUCUAGCUCAAGUUUUGGGGUGUUUUGAAUGAGUAGUUAUAAGUUAGUGUAGACAGAUGAACCCUAACAUUUUGUUGAAAGGCAGCCGCAAAUGGGUGUUUGUGUAUAAUUGCUGGUAGCUUGAUAUGUAAGUAUGAUUUUGUGUCCUGUUUUUAGCUGGAAGUCUAAGGAAGAGCAACCUCACAACGUUAAGAGACCUGAAACAUUCGUCAUUCAGAUGGUCAUGGUCGAUCAGUGAUUGAUUCUUUUGGUUUCAGAUACCCUUUCUGAUGCAUUGGAAUGUUUUCCUCAUGUGUUUAGCCUUCCCUUUUUCGCUCAACAUUUGAUGAGCUUUGAGUGUUUGAAGUUGCUGUAACUUUUUAUCUCCUGUUGUAUAUACUCACAUUUCCCCUUAAAGAAUAGAUUGUGUACUUUGAGUUUUAAA